AGUAAUGGGCAUCCUCAACAACUCCACCGCUUAGUGAAUUUCUUAUUAUCUUUUUCUGCUUCUUUUUAGUUUGAAUCCAACGUGAAAUGUAUCUUAAAUUAAUAUCUUGUAGCUUACGUAAAACCGGUGCGACUAUAAAUAACAAGAGGUGUUGUAUAGUCAAUUGCAUAGCAAGUACUAAAGAUGAAGACGAAGACGUUUAUCGUAUGGUUUAUUUUGUUAGCGGCUGUUGUCGUGACCGUCGCCAAAGAGGCUUCCGUGGAGGACAAGAAAGAUGCUAAGAAAGUAGAGAUACCGACCGUGGAAGGAAAAGGAGAAGCUGCCGCUGAGGCAGUCGUUGAAGAAGAGAAGGAAACCAAUUAUGAAGUUGAUAACCGAGGAGGAGGAGGAGGAGGAGGCGGUGGCCAGGGUGGAGGUUGGAAGGGAGGCGGUGGCCAGGGCGGAGGUUGGAAGGGAGGCGGUGGCCAGGGUGGAGGUUGGAAGGGAGGCGGUGGCCAGGGUGGAGGUUGGAAGGGAGGCGGUGGCCAGGGUGGAGGUUGGAAGGGAGGCGGUGGCCAGGGCGGAGGUUGGAAGGGAGGCGGUGGCCAUGGCGGAGGAUGGAAGGGAGGCGGUGGCCAGGGUGGAGGUUGGAAGGGAGGCGGUGGCCAGGGUGGAGGUUGGAAGGGAGGCGGUGGCCAGGGUGGAGGUUGGAAGGGAGGCGGUGGCCAGGGCGGAGGUUGGAAGGGAGGCGGUGGCCAUGGCGGAGGUUGGAAGGGAGGCGGUGGCCAGGGUGGAGGUUGGAAGGGAGGCGGUGGCCAGGGUGGAGGUUGGAAGGGAGGCGGUGGCCAGGGUGGAGGUUGGAAGGGAGGCGGUGGCCAAGGUGGAGGUUGGAAGGGAGGUGGCGGUCGAGGUGGUGGUGGCGGUGGAGUGUAGAAUCAACAUCUCCACUAAUAACUACAAACUAAAUAAUACGUAUAAAUGUAAGUGUAUGCAAAAGUGAACUAUCAUAAAUAACGUUUUAUGCACGGUUAAUUAGCCGAUGCAUAGCUACAUAGCCUAGCCCGAAGCUUAGAGGUCGUGUAAGUAAUAUCUUUUUCUCUACGUAUAAUCAAUAUAUAUUUGCUGUUGGGUUAGUUUUAUUUAACCUAUCCACCACACUGUUA